AUGAGCAUAAAUGAAGAUCAUCGUCUGCAUUUUCCACUUUUUACUGUAACAGGCAAUAACAAGAAUGAAGAGAACUUGGAUGAAUAUCCUUGUAUGUUCCUGUCACAUGUCAAUGAUAACGAUAAUAAUACUGUAACAGACAGCAACGAGAAGGAAGAGAGCUUAGAUGAUGAAUACCUUCGUAUGUUUUUUCCGCUUGUCAAUGACAAUGAUACUGUAACAGGCAAUUGUUCAACUUCGGUUUCAUCUUCACUUUCACGGAGUUCUGUUUUAGAUUCUUCUGAUUUAACUUCAUUAAGUCCGACUCGCCCUUCACGAAGUACAAAUUCAGCUAUAUCUUCGAAAAGUUCUGCUUUAGCUUCGUCUUCACAAAGUACAACUUCAGUUUCAUCUUCGCGGAGUUCUGCAUUAACUUCAUCACCACAAAAGAAAGAAUGCAUCAUAUGCACAGAGACUUUUGAUAUGACACAAUUGAUUCAAAUUUCGAUCGAUUGUCAGCAUGAGGACAAUAUUUGUCAAGAGUGUGCCGCGAGACAUAUUGAACACGAGUUGCAAAAUAAAGGAAACGUUGAAAUUAGAUGCCCAGAUGAAGAUUGCAGAAGUGUUAUGACUGGUGAUCAGGUCAAAAAAUUGUCCAGUGAAACGAUCUUUGAAAGAUAUCAGAAAUUGUUACUUGCGUUGGCACUUUCGCAAAUAGAUGAUUUCUACUGGUGCUUAAAUCCUAAUUGUGGUUCUGGUCAAAUUCAUUAUGAAGGAGACAUUGCACCAAUAAUGACGUGUCAAUCCUGCUCGAAAAAAACAUGUGUGACGCAUUCACUUCCAAUUCCCGAUGGCUCACUAAGCUGUCCACAAUGUACCAAUAUAACCGAACAUGUUCGUGAAAAAAAACCCAUCAAGAAAAAAUUAUUAAAUCUUUUCAAGAAGUCUCAUGGAUCAAAAGAAAAACAAAAUGAAACCUCCACUGCUGAAAAUGAACUAGCGAAACCAAAAUCAAAACAAAUACAAUUACGACAAGCAUUAGAAAAGUUGCAAAUGAAACGAAAAGAUCGGCAGAAGAGACGAAUUGAAGAAAAAUCAAAAGUUUAUAUUGAUUCUAUGACCAAACAGUGUCCGAAAUGUAAUGCUAAUAUUGAAAAAUAUAAGGGAUGUGAUCAUAUGAAGUGUCGCGCGCCUAGAUGUGGAUACGAAUUUUGUUGGCUUUGUUUCGCUGAUUAUGAGGCUAUUCGUGAAAAUGGAAAUAACUGUCACAUGGAAACUUGCAAAUAUUAUGCUUAA